GAGUGCUACGUCCAGGGGCACGAGUACCCGGAGGCGGCGGAGGCCGGCUGGAUGAUUGGCGACAAGAUCCUCAGAAUCAACGGCAAGGACGUGAACAGUCAGAGGCGCCAGUCCGGCCCCGCCUUGCUCGCCACUGGGCCACGCGUGGGGGCAGUACGGCUGUCCCGCGGCAGCCGAUGCCUCAGAUCAGACCUCGGCCCUCUGAACGGGUAUUGGGGACAUCGGCCGCCUUGGGGCUCCGAGGCCCCCGGGGGCCGUCACAGAGCGACUCUGGAGGGGCGGCGUGUCCCAGAGAGGGCCUGGGAGCCUGAGGUCUGA